CUCAUAUCAACCAAUAAGAACCCACCACCUCCAAUCACUGCUUCUCUCUCUCUCUCUUCUCUCAAGAUUUAAGCCACAGAGAAAAGUUAAAAAAAGAAGAAGAAAAAAUCGUGAGAUUCAUUCCUUGAAGCUAAGCUAAGCUAAGCGAGCUACUCUGCUUUUGGGCUUGUGAUUUCUGCUACUGUUUCUGUUCUCUCCUCCUACUCAUUGGAGUCACUAUACCCACCUUUUCUUUUCUUUCUUCUCUUUUCUCUGUUGCUCAGGCCUCAAGGAAAAGGAAGAAAGAAGAGAUCUUUUGUUUUUCAUUCCCACCUUUUCUUUUCUCUCCAAGUUUCCUCGUGUUGGGCUAUCAAAUUCAUUGAAGCUACAGAGACAGAGUGUGUUUUAAGUUACAAGCUUUCCUCUUUGGAAUUCUUGUCAGUUGGUUUUUCCUUUCAGGUGUUAUUGUUUUUCUGUGUUUUAUAUGUUUGCUUCAGUUAAAAAGUUUUUUAGAGCUUAAGCUCAGAUCUCACCAGUGGUUUUAAGGGUUUAGGUGUUUUACUUCUAGAUUGCUUGUGCUAAAUUUUCUUUGCUUUUUCUUUUUUUGUCCUUUGUAGAUUCCUGAGGGCAUGCCUACGCAUAAAAAGCGAUUCUGAUUCCUUUCAAAUGCCUUCUUGAUUUAACGCUGAUAUUUCCGUGGUGAAACCUCCAUCUCUCUGCAUUUCCUCUCCUGGGUUCUCCUCCUAUUCCUCUGUUUUUCCUCUCCUUCAUACAACCAACUUCUCUAGCCACUUCUUGUAAUCGUAGUAACUGCGAAGUGAAUUUGUUUGUUUAACUUCACUGGCAUGUUAACAUAACAACUUGAUACAAUGAAGUGGGAAACGGAAAUCCUAUCUCCUGGAUCGUACCUUUCCAGCUCGAAUUGGCUUACAGAAGAGAGCAAGAACACAAAAUGGACUAUAGCAGAGAACAAGGCAUUUGAGAAUGCUCUUGCAAUUUAUGAUAAGGAAACUUCUGAUAAAUGGCACAAGGUGGCAGCUAUGAUUCCAGGGAAGACGGUAGAGGAUGUGAUAAAGCAGUAUAAGGAACUAGAACUUGAUGUUAGCUACAUAGAAGCAGGGUUGAUUCCAGUUCCAGGAUAUAGCUCCUCUCCAUUCACAUUGGACUGGGUUAAUGGCAAUGGUUAUGGCUAUGAUGGGUUCAAACAAUCUUAUGGCCUUGGUGGAAAGAGAUCUUCGACGGGCCGACCUACCGAUCAAGAGAGAAAGAAAGGAGUUCCAUGGACAGAGGAAGAACACAAGCUGUUUCUGAUGGGCUUGAAGAAGUAUGGCAAAGGGGACUGGAGAAACAUAUCUCGCAAUUUUGUUAUCAGUAGAACACCGACUCAGGUGGCUAGUCACGCACAAAAGUAUUUUAUCAGGCAGCUAUCAGGAGGGAAAGACAAGAGAAGAGCUAGUAUUCAUGAUAUAACCACUGUCAAUCUCAACGAAACGAGAACUCCUUCACCGGACAACAAAACAACAUCACCUGAUCAAUCUGGGGCGAUUUCUCAGCAUCCCAAUUCUGCUGCCAUGCCUCGAACACAUUUCCAAUGGAACCAACCCAACAGUGGAGCAACCAUGGCUUUUAAUUCAACAAAUGCAACUAUGUUCAUGUCUUCUCCUUAUGGGAUUAACUCGUAUGGGCUUAAAAUGCAAGGCCAGAAUCCGCUUAGAGUUGUUGUUCAUGACUCUUACAUUGGACAGCAAACCAUGGGUUUUCAGAUGCAAUCUGCGCAACACUACCCUCAUGGAUGAGAGAAUGGUUGUUCUUUGAUCCAUGGCUCGUAGCUCCGCGUCUUCUUUUCAGUAGUAUAGUUGUGCUUAUGCCUUCUUUACUGUUUUUUUUUUUUUUCCCUCUGGUCUUUUGUGUAUAAGCUGUCAAGAACUAAGUUAGUCAACAGUACGUGAACUUGGGGGGGACAGGAUUCUGUUUUGCUCGGAAUUCAAUUUCCUGAUUGUAAAACUGAGGCUGGUUAUCCUUGUACUCAAGAACACCUGCUUUGUAGGGAGUGGUGGCCUUAUCCAAAUGGGCAGGGGAAUGUGUUAUGUGGAUCUUGUUUUAGAAGAGCGUAGGAAAUAAUCUUGAAGUGAGAGCGGGGCUCUUUUA